AUGUCUCAGACGGAUGAAUCUCCUACAACAUUGGCAAAGACUCCAACAUAUGAAUACUAUGGAUUCGUACUUUAUUUAUUAUCAUUUAUAGCAUUCGCCAUAUAUUUAUUAUGGGCCUAUUUGCCUAAAGAAGUUUUAGAAUCUUUAGGAAUCACUUAUUAUCCAGACAGAUAUUGGGCGCUUGCAUUACCUGUAUGGUCUUUUGUCUUGGUGCUUUUUAUUUUUGUCGCUUUUAUUUCAAUAAAUUUUUUAAAUACUGCACCACUUGAUUCUUUUAAUACAAUAACAGACGAUUAUGCUAACGUAGGUCAAAAUUUAUCUCAACUGUCAGGAAUUACAGAUGAUUUUGUUCCAGAGUUACAUGAUAUACCUAUUGGCAUA